AUGAAUGAUUCACGCAAAGCCACAGAUCGGCUUCUAGCUAUUGCCCGAUCGUUACAGCAUCCCGACUCAAACCAUGGCUUACCCGAAGAGUUCAUGAGAAAACUUCGUGCUGCCCUUCUAUCAGACCCAUUAUUGCCGAGACCUAACCCCUCUAUCUCCCUCUGGCAAGAACCUGCCCACCCUACUGUAUCAAACAUUCAGUCUCCAACCCUUCCACGGUAUGCCGAUAUUGUUGUGAUUGGCUCUGGGAUAACGGGAUGCAGCGUUACCAAGGCCCUCCUUGAGGAUGAUAGUCUGGACUCGACAAGUCAGAUCGUCGUCCUCGAGGCUCGUACCCUUACCAGCGGCGCAACAGGCCGUAAUGGAGGCCAACUCGUCUCUCCAGUCGGUCAUCUCUACAAUACUAUGUGUAAAAGACAUGGGGAAGAUACAGCCAAGGAAAUGUGUCGCUUCAGCUUCAUGAACAUUGAGCGGAUUAUGGGUAUGCUCGACGAACUAGAUCCAGAGCUCCGUGAUUCCAGUGAGAUUCGACAUGUACAUAAAGUCAUGGUUGCUGGGGAUGAGGAGGCUUGGAAAGCCUCGAAGGAGUCUCUGAACUCCUUUCGAGAGGCAAUUCCCAGUCACCAAACCAUCCAUCGUGUUACUGAGCAAGACGGAUUAGCAAAGGUAUGGCUCUUUGACUUUGCAGGAUCCUUUCUGCGUUCUAUUGAGAGUACUGACCUUUCUUGUAAGGAUUUUAACAUCAAGAGUGGCCAUGGUGUGAUCGACCAUCCUGCCGGCGCCGUCUGGCCAUACCGCCUCAUAACUGGAAUCUUCGAACGUCUUCUCGUCCAAUACCACGACCGCCUUUCGAUCGAGACAAAUACUCCCGCAACAGCGAUAAAGUACAUAUCUAGCACGAUAAGCAAUGGGUCUUCGAUGCCUGACUACCCAUACAUCAUUGAGACUCCCCGGGGUGAUAUUCGAGCUAAGCAGGUGAUUCACUGUACGAACGCGAACGCUGCCCACUUGUUGCGUCCAUUGAUAGGAAGACUCUAUCCAUAUAGAGGGACCAUGUCUGUACAAAAGGCUGGUCCUGAUCUAGAGAACGUGGGCAGCAGUCGAUCAUGGAGCUAUCUGACCAAGUCCACGCUUGAUCCAGUUUCAGAGCGGUUUAAUGGAGGCCUGUACUACCUCCAACAGCAUGCCACGACUGGAGAUAUAUGGGUUGGCACUGACUACUCUAAUGUCUUUGAUGUUAUUACGUCUGACGAUACUGCUGUGCCGGGUCACUCGGUCGAGGCUCUACUGAAGUUCUUGCCUAACUACUUUGUCAAUGGGUGGCCGGAGUAUGAGCGGCCGGAGUUGAAAGGAGCAUGGACUGGGCUACAGGGACAUACAUCAGAUGGACUUCCACUGGUAGGUAAACUCCCGAAGAGUGUAUCUGGGAGGGACGGCGAUGGUGAAUGGAUUGCUGGCGGCUACAGUGGGUACGGGAUGGACAAGGCUUGGUUGACUGGUGAAGCGCUUGCCCGCAUGAUGACGGGCAAGGGGGUUCCAGAAUGGUUACCCAAGGCGUUUCUUCUUACAGAACAAAGACUAGAGCGAGAUAUCACAGUGGAGAAGUCUGUAGCCAAGUGGGUGUCGAUAGCAAAGACUGGCGAUUGGUAG